GCAGGAUCCAGUGCCACCUGGGAGGGUCUGAUGGGACCGAUGCUGCCAGCCCAGUUUGCCCGGAUGACAUCACUGUCAGCACCAGGUGUUGCUCUCAUGACCGGAGACUGGAGACCUCACUCAACAUCAGAUAAGCGGUUGUCCAGGAGAAGAGCGUCAUGCGCUACAACGUUGGUGCUGCAUACAUUGCAGGAAACAACCCAGGAGAAACACACAGAGCAGGAGAUGGUAGAGGUCCCCAUGGAGGAAGAGGACGUUGACCCUAAAGACAAGCGUCCUGUAGCUUCCACCCCUGUUCCCGGAUCUCCAUGGUGUGUGGUGUGGACGGGGGACGACAGAGUGUUUUUCUUCAACCCAACGAUACAGCUCUCUGUUUGGGAUCAGCCAGUAGAUCUGAAAGACCGUGGAGAGGAUCUCAACAGGAUUAUAGAAGAUCCUCCACAUAAACGCAAAAAGGAUUCUUUGUCCACAGAGGACGGUUCUAACUCUCCGUCUGCCGAUGACGACGAUGCUGAUGAUGAAGAUGAACAUUAUUCAAAAACCAAGAGGAACAAACUGGAGGAACCUGCGGAUGGUAAUGAGGACCUGAGAGAGAGGGCAGACGCAGAGACAUGUGACUCUCCCCCCCAUCGGACGGUUCUACCCUUAGGGCUCCGCAUCACACACUUCAGGGACAUGCUCCUUGAAAGAGGGGUAAAGGCAUAUUGA